AUGGACACCAGUAUCCAUAGGUUGUUACUUUCGGUUAAUCUUCUACUACUGUUGGUGUGUUGCCUGCCAGACCAAGCGACGGCUCGUCAUGCUCAAAAAUGUUGUCCACCGAACGAGGUACUGCUCUGGUGCCCUCCCGUCUGUGAGCCAACGUGCGACAAUGACUGUGUACCGACGCCAACCGGCAUCCCGAUGGAGACGUGUGUUUGCAAGCCAGGAUUUGUGCGCCAUCAUGGACGUUGCAUUGAAAGGUGCGAAUGUCCGGCACCGUGCCCACCGACCGAACCUCCAACCGAAUGUCCACCAUUCGCGACGACACCGAAACCGUGUGCGCGAACCUUCUACGGUGUGUCGCGUAAUGGUGAUGUACCGCCACCGGUCAGAACACAUUACCCACGGCCACAGUCGCAACCCAGCCCCUACUCCAUGAUGUCGCAGUCUCAGAAUUUGUCUUCCUGCUCCAACUAUCUGUACCGCCCGGUGCGACCGCAAUGUCCGCCAAAGCCCAUGCGCACGACGACAAUGUCACCGUUCGAGGUGUGUCCACCGAACGAAGUGCAGCAACCUUCGCCAGUGUGUUGCGAGGAAACCUGCACCACCAACUGUGCCGCUGUACUCUGUCCGGCACAGCCACCGACCGGUCCGCUAGUGUGCACCUGCGACAGUGGAUUUGUGCGGCACGAGGGCCGCUGUAUACCGCGCGAAGAGUGUCCCGUCGAGGAACCGGUUAAAUUCUGUGGCCCGAACGCACAUUACAGUCCCUGUACGCCGUGCUGUCAGCAGACGUGCGACAAUGAUUGUAGCAAAAUCUUCUGCAUAGCGGCUUGCACCGGUCCUCCGACCUGUGUGUGCAACGAAGGGUACGUGCUGCACGAGGGACGAUGCAUACUGCCGUCCGAGUGUCCGCGGAAGUGUCCACCGACCACGGUAGCUCCACCACACGGGCAUUACUUUACGGAGAAGCCUUGCACACCGGUGUGUCCGCCUGGUGCAAGUCUACGCCCUUACAAACCCUGCUGCGUGGAUACUUGCACGACGGAUUGUCGGCUGGUGCGAUGUGCCCAAAGUUUCACGGGUCCGCCGACCUGUGUCUGCGACUAUGGGCUAGUGAUGCACAACAAUCGGUGCAUUCCGCGUGAACAUUGUCCAACGACGCACGAGCCAAUGUACGGUAGUGGCUGUAGUCGCUCGAAUCCUUACUCCUUUCUAGUGGAUGAAUGA